CACAGCGAAGUGAAAUCAUGCGAUAUGUUAACCUUACCAUCGCCAUCACGUUUAGCAAAGUUUCCCCUGUAAUUAAGAAACAAUUCGGAUGUUACCAAGAUUUUGUGGAUAAAGAAUACAUGACGGAACGCGAGAAGGAAGCUAUAGAACGGCUGGACGGCAACUGCGGGACACACAUCACAUACGUCCCUAUCAUGUGGGCGUGCAAGGCGGUGGACCGGGCGCGUCUGGAGGGAAAUAUUCGGAGUAACUCGGCCCAGAAGACAGUCACCGACGAGAUCCUGAAAGUGCGAGGUCGCUGCGGCUCUGUGAUGGGGUGGCAUGACAAUAAUAUUCCUCUGGUGUAUACGCAGGUCGUGACGAUCGCCGUGUACUCGUUCUUCUUCUUCUCCCUGAUCGGCGAGCAGUACAUCGACCCGAACCAGGGCUACAACGGCUACAGCAUCGACUUGUACUUCCCCGUGUCCGGACUCUUGCAACUGGUCUUCUACAUGGGCUGGUUGAAGGUGGCCGAGGCGCUGCUCAACCCUUUCGGAGACGAUGACCACGACUUCGAGCUGGAUAAGCUCCUCGACCGCCAUUGGAAGAUGAGCCGCCUCCUCUCCCAACCCGCCGAGUGCGACCUCCCCCCCCUUGCGCUGGGCGAAGAUGCGGGCGUGGCCAAGGACGAGUGCGGCAGCGACGACCUCGCUCCCAAGAAGAACUCCAAGCUUUAUCCUUCCGUCGAGAUUGAUAUUUGAGAUGGAGAAGGGUGAGGGU